AUGGACUACGUAUCUCGGAGAUUGAAGCGCUCCGAUGUCGACGCGGGGAGCAUACGCGGCAUGGGCUGCCACGAAGGCUACCAGCUGGCCAUGCAUACACUUGACCAGUAUCGCGGCACUGUCGUGGCUGCGACCUACUGCCCGCCCAUCAGCCUCACCGGUCCCGGCUCUCUCGACACCCUCAAGGCCAAGUUCACUGAUGCUGUCGCACGCGUCGCCCUUGCUCAGCCUCAUUUGCACGUCGGUAUCACGGGCGAGGACACAGCCAAGCCAAACUUUGUCCGCCUCGAGGCACUCGAUCUCCGGAAUCACAUUCACUGGAAGGCCCUUGAUGAUGCCGUUUCUCGGGAAAGGCAGUACCUCGAAGAAUUGCAAUUGCAGCUGGACUCCAGAUUCGACAAUCUUGCCACUCAGCCCGGUUGGAGGGUCAUCAUCUUGCACGACGCCGGAGCCGAGUCCAUUGAGGUCUUGUACGUCUGGAACCAUCCACAUCACGACGGCAUGAGCGGCAAGAUAUUCCACCAGCAGCUAUUCAAAAUUUUGAACGAUAAGGAAAACUUCAGCAAGCCCCUAGCGGACAAGCUCCAAGAUGACUCUGGGUCCUUGAUCGUCAAGCUUCCCGAAUCAUCCGAGAAGCUGCCACCUCCCCCCGAAGUGUUGACAGCAUUCCCCAUGACCCCUCCUUUUUUGCUCAAGAAGCUGUGGAAAGAAGUGAAACCAUAUUCCAUUUUUCCGCCCACGAGCGUCCAUGCCACGUGGGCCCCAGUUAAGCUGCAGCCCUUCACAACCCGGUUUCAGUCCUUCUCCAUUGACAAUGACACCAUCGUAAAGUUGGUAGCCUCUUGUCGUCGUCACCAAACGACCGUCACUGGCCUUCUUCAUGCCCUUGUCCUACUCUCUCUUUCAUCAGGGCUUAGGGAUAUGAAGGGCUUCGCGGCUAGGACACCAUAUGAUCUUCGGCAUUAUCUACCGUCUCACACCAAAGAAUACCCUUGGCUAGUGCCAAAGGAGACUAUCUGCAACUACGUCUCCGUCCUGGACCACAAGUUUCACCCCGACCUCGUUGCAAAAAUCCGAGCGGAGUUCUCUCCCGAUCGCGUCGCAGCAGGAGAACCUCUGCCCGCCGACAUUAUGCACACUAUCUGGUCUGUUGCGGCUCGCGUCCGGAAAGAAAUCAAAGACAGGCUGGAGUCUGGCAUAGUCAACGAUAUGAUUGGCAUCAUGAAGUUUGCAGGAGAUUGGCGGCCCCAGCAAGAGAGUGAGGCCCGGAAACCCAGAUACCUGUCCUGGCUCGUCACCAACCUAGGCGUUCUAGAAGGUGGACUUAGCAAAGCCGAGAAUGAGAGGCAGGGAGAUGAUUGGACUAUACAUCGAGCCCAGCUAUUUUUGAGUACGGAAAUUCCUUCUGCCGCAUUAUCCGUCGCUGUUUCAACAAUAAAGGAUGGGCAAAUGGAUAUCACGUGUAGCUGGCAGGACUGCGUGGUUGACCCGGAUCUCGGUGCAAACCUCAUGAAUAACCUCAACCGAUGGUUGGCAGAGAUUGGAUCACUAGCAUGA